AUGACUCCACGUAAAGAAACCCAAGCAAACAAAUCGGAAAACGGAGCCGCUGGCGACACCGGCACCAAGCGCAAAGCCGCCGAGGCCUCGCAGUCCAACCCCACCAACGGCCAAGAGCCCGACACGAAAAAGACAAAGACGCAAGACGCAAACGCAGCGGUAGAGUGGCUCCUCAGCAAGGAGGCAUUCUCCCUCGCCUUCCCAGCUCUCCCGCCAGGUCACGGAGAAAUCGACUGGGACAAAGGGUCGCAUCGCAAGGAACCGCCCCCCGAAAACGCCGGGAAACGCAAACCAGUCAACAAGACGGGCGAUGACGAUUCGAAAGAGAGCAAUAGCGAUAAAAAUAACAACAACAACGACAACAACGAAGAGGAUAAUGACGAUGAUGAAGAGGCACCGCGUCUGACAUAUCCAGACUCCACCCUCACGCCGUUCCAGAACCUCGUCGCCGCCCUCCUCCUCAGCAAGCCCAUCUCCCACCGCCUGGGCCUCAGGACGAUCAACACACUGCUGAACCCGCCCUUUGGCCUUCGAACGCCGCGGGACCUCGACGAGGCUGGGUUCGAGGGCCGGCGGAAGGUCAUGUGGGAGGCGAGGACGCAGCACAAGGAGAAGACUGCGGUGCAGCUUGGUGAUUUGGUCGAGGGCGUGCGAAAGAUUUGCAGUGAGGGUGAGGAUGAUGGUGGUCAGAAAGAGGAGGAACACGACGAAGACGACGACGACGAGGCGAAGGCAGCGAAGAAGGAAGAGGAAGAGAAGGAGGGUGACAUUGAAAAGAUGACGGCGCUGAGGCAGAUGGUCAAGGGGAUGAAACCAAAAGAGGCGCAAGAACAGGUUGAGAAGACGCUGACGGACGGGAUCAAGGGUGUCGGACCGACGGGCGCUGGGAUCUUUCUGCGGCGGGUGCAGGAGGAGUGGGAGGAGGUGUUUCCGUACGCUGACAAGAGGGCUGUCGAAGCUGCGGUUGAGUUUGGUGUUAUUGGGGAGGGCGGAGGCGCAAGGGAGUUGGCGGACGCGGUUUCUGGGGAUCGGGGCAAGUUUGUGAGGAUGCUGGAUGUGCUUGUUGGGAUUCAACUGGAGAAGAAGAUGGAGGAGGCGCUGAGGAUGGUGAGGGGAGGUUGA